CCGGUGGGGGCGGGUCACGCAGAGCGCGCGGCCGGGAGCGGCGGUGGCGGAGGCGUUGAGGCUGCGGGCUGGGAGCUGGACUCCGGCUCCCAGUGAGCGGAACCCCUAGCGGUGCUGAGCCCACCGCCGGCCCCGGAGCCAUGGAGAUCGGCACCGAGAUCAGCCGCAAGAUCCGGAGUGCCAUUAAGGGGAAAUUGCAAGAACUGGGAGCUUACGUUGGCUUGCGGGAUCUUAGUUCCCAACCAGGGAUUGAAGCGCCGAGUCCUAACCACUGGACUGCCGAGGAAGUCCCAGGAACACAUGAAGAACUUCCUGAUUACAUUAUGGUGAUGGUGGCCAACAAGAAAAGUCAGGACCAAAUGACAGAGGACCUGUCCCUGUUUCUAGGGAACAACACAAUUCGAUUCACCGUAUGGCUUCAUGGUGUAUUAGAUAAACUUCGUUCUGUAACAACUGACCCCUCUAGUCUAAAGUCUUCCGAUACCAACAUCUUUGAUAGUAAUGUACCUUCAAACAAGAGCAGUUUCAGUCGAGGAGAUGAGCGAAGGCAUGAAGCUGCAGUGCCACCUCUUGCAGUUUCUAGCACUAGACCUGAAAAAAGAGAAUCUAGGGUUUCUACAAGUUCACAGGAGCAGAAAGCCACUAAUGUCAGACAGACUUACGAUGAUGGAGCUGCAACCCGACUGAUGUCAACAGUGAAACCUUUGAGGGAGCCAGCACCCUCUGAAGAUGUGAUUGAUAUUAAGCCAGAACCAGAUGAUCUCAUCGAUGAAGACCUCAAUUUUGUGCAGGAGAAUCCCUUAUCUCAGAAAAAACCUACAGUGACACUUACGUAUGGUUCUUCUCACCCUUCUAUUGAAAUUUAUCGACCACCUGCAAGUCGAAAUGCAGACAGUGGUGCUCAUUUAAACAGGUUGCAGUUUCAACAGCAGCAAAACAGUAUUCAUGCUGCCAAGCAACUUGAUAUUCAGACUAGCCGGAUAUAUGAAACAGGACGUUUGUGUGAACCAGAAGUGCUUAACAGCUUAGAAGAGACUUAUAGUCCCUUCUUCAGAAACAGCUCAGAAAAGAUGAGCAUUGAGGAAGAAAACUUUCGGAAGAGAAAGUUGCCUGUGGUAAGUUCAGUUGUUAAAGUAAAAAAAUUCAGUCAUGAUGGAGAAGAGGAGGAGGAAGAUGAUGAUUGUGGGUCCCGUACAGGAAGCAUCUCCAGCAGUGUGUCAGUGCCAGCGAAACCUGAACGGAGACCUUCACUUCCACCUUCCAAACAAGCUAACAAGAAUCUAAUUUUGAAGGCUAUAUCUGAAGCUCAAGAAUCCGUAACAAAAACAACUAACUACUCUGCAGUCUCACAGAAACAGACACUUCCAGUUGCCCCCAGAACUCGAACUUCUCAAGAAGAAUUGCUAGCAGAAAUGGUCCAGGGGCAAAGCAGGGCCCCCAGAAUAAGUUCCCCCAUUAAAGAAGAGGAAACAAAAGGAGAUAAUAUAGACAAAAGUCAAGGAACUCAGCAGAGGCAAUUGUUAUCCCGACUGCAAAUUGACCCAGUAAUGGCAGAAACUCUGCAGAUCAGUCAAGAUUACUAUGACAUGGAAUCCAUGGUCCAUGCAGACACAAGAUCAUUUAUUCUGAAGAAGCCAAAGCUGUCUGAGGAAAUAGUAGUGGCACCAAACCAAGAGUCGGGGAUGAAGACUGCAGAUACCCUUCGGGUACUUUCAGGACACCUUAUGCAGACACGAGAUCUUGUACAACCAGAUAAACCUGCAAGUCCCAAGUUUAUAGUGACGCUGGAUGGUGUCCCCAGCCCCCCAGGAUACAUGUCAGAUCAAGAGGAGGACAUGUGCUUUGAAGGAAUGAGACCCGCACACCACACUGCAGCCUCACACGAGGGACUCGCGGGUCUCCUCCACCCACAGCAGUUGCAGUUGCUGAGCAGGCAGCUUGAGGACCCAGAUGGUAGCUUUUCAAACGCUGAGAUGAGUGAACUGAGUGUGGCACAGAAACCAGAAAAACUUCUGGAGCGCUGCAAGUACUGGCCUGCCUGUAAACAUGGGGAUGAGUGUGCUUACCAUCAUCCUGUGUCACCUUGCAGAGCCUUCCCCAAUUGUAAAUUCGCUGAAAAAUGUUUGUUUGUUCAUCCAAAUUGUAAAUACGAUGCAAAAUGUACUAAACCAGAGUGUCCCUUCACUCAUAUGAGUAGAAGAAUUCCAGUACUGCCUCCAAAACCAGCAGUUACAACACCAGCACCACCUUCUAGUAGUCAGCUCUGCCGUUACUUCCCUGCUUGUAAGAAAAUGGAAUGUCCCUUCUAUCAUCCAAAACACUGUAGAUUUAACACUCAGUGUACAAGACCUGACUGUACAUUUUAUCAUCCCACCAUUACUGUACCACCACGACAUGCCUUGAAAUGGAUUCGACCUCAAACCAGUGAAUGACACCCAGUGCUACCUGGCAGAAGACUAUGAAGUUUGAAAGUUUCCAUUACUGAUGAAAGACAUUCUACAGAAUUUGUCAAAUCUUUGAAACUUGGAAUAUAUUGCUUUCAUAAUAAUGAAGUUUAUUGCCUAUCUGAAGUGUCUAAUUUUUCAAGUUUGUACGUUUAUUAAGUGAUUUUAACAUUGGGUGUUUUUUUGUUGUUUUGUUUUGACUAUGGAAAGAUAGUUUCAGGAGAAGCCAAAUUCUAUUAAAACAUUUGAGGCAUG